AGGCUGUGCGGCUUGCGGGGGGAGAGUAACGUCGGGCCGGGUCAGCGGGUGCUGCAGUAGUCGCCGCAGCGGCUAUGGGAGCGGUGGGGACGAGGCGGCGGCGGCGGCGGCAGGAGGAGGUGCAGGGGCUGGCACGAGAGCAGCGGCCCGGGGAGGCCCGCAGCAACACCCGCAGCCGCCGCCGCCGCCUUUAGACGCGGACGGCACCCGAGGGGACCGCCGGCCGUCUAAGCCGCGCUCGGGUCCCGCCGCAGUGGGCGGCGGGGGAUGGGCAGGCGGCGGCGGGCCAGCCUGCUGAGCGGUGACUCCUGCCGGUGCGAGCCCUGAGCUGGACCCCAGUCCUCCGCCGGAGAUCCUACGUCCGCCGCGGCCCAGGUUAAAUGGAAACCACCCUUGGGAGCUAGAUGCCUGUGUAGCUGUUAUACCACAUCAGUGUUUUGCAAUGAGUGGGGGAGGAGAGCAGCCAGACAUCCUCAGUGUUGGAAUCUUGGUCAAAGAACGAUGGAAAGUGUUAAGAAAGAUUGGGGGUGGGGGCUUUGGAGAAAUUUACGAUGCCUUGGACAUGCUCACCAGGGAAAAUGUGGCAUUGAAGGUGGAGUCAGCUCAGCAGCCAAAGCAAGUCCUGAAGAUGGAAGUUGCCGUGUUAAAGAAACUACAAGGGAAAGACCAUGUUUGUAGAUUUAUUGGCUGUGGGAGAAAUGAUCGUUUCAACUAUGUGGUCAUGCAAUUGCAGGGUCGGAAUCUGGCAGAUCUUCGACGUAGCCAGUCCCGGGGCACAUUCACCAUCAGCACUACUCUUCGGCUUGGGAAACAGAUUCUGGAAUCUAUUGAAAGCAUCCAUUCUGUGGGAUUCCUCCACAGAGACAUCAAACCGUCAAACUUUGCAAUGGGACGCUUUCCCAGUACAUGUAGGAAAUGUUUCAUGCUUGAUUUUGGCUUGGCCCGACAAUUUACCAAUUCCUGUGGUGACGUCAGACCACCUCGUGCUGUGGCAGGCUUUCGAGGGACAGUUCGUUAUGCAUCAAUCAAUGCUCAUCGGAACAGGGAAAUGGGAAGACAUGAUGACCUUUGGUCUCUGUUCUACAUGUUGGUAGAGUUUGUGGUUGGCCAGCUGCCUUGGAGGAAAAUAAAGGACAAGGAGCAAGUAGGUUCCAUUAAGGAGAGGUAUGACCAUCGGCUCAUGCUGAAGCACCUCCCUCCCGAAUUCAGCACCUUUCUUGAUCAUAUUUCCUCUUUGGAUUAUUUUACAAAACCGGACUACCAGCUUCUUACUUCCGUGUUUGACAAUAGCAUCAAGACCUUUGGAGUAAUUGAGAGUGACCCUUUUGACUGGGAGAAGAGUGGAACUGAUGGCUCCCUAACUACCACCACCACCUCUGCCACCCCUCAGUUGCACACCCGCUUGACCCCUGCUGCAAUUGGAAUUGCAAAUGCCACCCCCAUCCCCGGAGACUUGCUCCGAGAAAAUACAGAUGAGGUGUUUCCAGAUGAACAGCUUAGUGAUGGGGAGAAUGGUGUCCCUGCUGCUGGGUCCCCAGAUAAACUGCCUCGGUCUCUGGGGCACACUCGCCCUCAGGAAAGGGACGUCUGGGAAGAGAUGGAUAUCAACAAGAACAAGAUAAAGCUUGGAAUUUGUAAGGCUGCUACUGAAGAAGAAAAUAGCCAUGGUCAAGUAAAUGGAAUUCUCAAUGCUCCAAGCCUUGGCUCGCCAAUUCGUGUCCGAUCAGAGAUUAUGCAGCCAGAUAGGGAUGUUCCGUUAGUAAGAAAGCUACGUUCCAUUCACAGCUUUGAGCUAGAAAAGCGUCUGACACUGGAGCCAAAGCCAGAUACUGACAAGUUUCUUGAGACCUGCAUGGAGAAAAUGCAGAAAGAAUCCAGUGCAGGAAAGGAGUCUGUUCUCCCUGCUCUGCCUCAGAAGCCUUGCGUUCCUGUUGUGUCCCGCACUGACCACGUCUGGCACUAUGAUGAAGAAUACCUUCCUGAUGCCUCCAAACCUGCCUCUGCCAACACACCAGAGCAAGCAGAUGGUGGUGGCAGCAAUGGAUUUAUAGCUGUUAAUUUAAGCUCUUGCAAGCAGGAGGUUGAUUCCAAAGAAUGGGUGAUUGUGGACAAGGAGCAAGACCUUCAGGACUUUAGGACAAAUGAGGUGUUAGGCCAUAAAACAACUGGAAGCCCAUCAGAUGAGGAGCCUGAAGUGCUUCAGGUCCUUGAAGGGUUGCCUCAAGAUGAAAAGAUCCAAGUAGGUCCUUGGACUGACAACCAUCAUUUAAAGGAAAGCUCAGGUGUGGUCUUAGCACUUUCUGCAGAAUGUCCUGCCACUGCUGCUUCAGAACAGUACACAGAUAGGCUAGACCUCCAGGCUGGAGCUGCUAGUCAGUUCAUCACAGUUACUCCUACAAGUCCAAUGGAGGCACAAGCAGAAGGACCCCUGACUGCGAUUACAAUUCCUAGACCUUCUGUGGCAUCAACACAGUCAACUUCAGGAAGCUUUCACUGUGGUCUACAACCAGAGAAGAAAGAUCUUCAGCCCUUGGAACCCACUGUGGAACUUUAUUCUCCAAGGGAAAACUUCUCAUGCUUGGUUGUAACAGAAGGCGAACUUCCUAGUGGAGGAAGCAGAAUGGAUUUGGGACUUCAGAUAGAUCAUGUUGACCAUGACUUAUUACCCAAUGUGAGAGACGGCGAUACAUCUCAGGACUUGGGACCAAAAGACCUUCCUGACCAUAAUAGACUAGUUGUGAAAGAAUUUGAAAAUCUCCCGGGAGAAACAGAGGAAAAAAGCAUUCUUCUGGGCUCAGAUAAUGAAGAUGAGAAGUUAGUUAAAGGACAGCAUUGCGUUGAAAUCUCUCUCCCAGGAGAUUUUGUGACUGCAGAAAGGGAUCAGUCAGCUACCACAGAACCUCUUGAUGUAUCAAAGACACAGAAUUUUAGUGUGGUGCCAAAUCAGGACAAAAACCAGGAGAUAAUGAAGCUUUUGGCAGUUGGAACUUCAGAAAUUUCUCAACAAGUUAUUGACCCACAUGCUGAAGGGCAGAUGGGCCAGGUGGCAGCAAUGCAAAACAAUAAGCUAUUUAAGGGUGCUGACAUUAGGAGUGAAGAGGUGCCUGGACAUCAGGGGGACCUCUCUACUUUUUUACACCAAGAGGAAAAGAGAGAUAAAGUUGUACCUAGAAAUGGAGAGCUGUAUCAUUGUGUCUCAGAGAGUCCUGGUCCUCCCACCCGCAAGGACAUGCUUCGGGCAUCCUUUGUAACCAGGCACAGCCGGAUUCCUGUUUUAGCACAAGAAAUAGACUCAGCUUUUGAAUCAUCCUCUGCAGUCUCUGCAAAAGAAAAGCUUCUACAGAAGAAAGCCUACCAGCCAGAACUUGUCAAACUUCUGGUGGAAAAAAGGCAGUUCAAGUCUUUCUUGGGGGACCUUUCAAGUGCCUCUGAGAAGCUGCUAGAGGAGAAAUUAGCUGCUGCUCCUGUUCCUUUUUCUGAGGAGGAAGUCUUCACUCCCUUUUCCCGUCUGGCCAUAGAUUCCCACAUGAGUAGAUCAGCUGAAGAUGGCUUUCUGUCACCCAUCCUCUCCCAGUCUAGAAAGAGCAAGAUACCAAGGCCAGUUUCCUGGGUCAGCACGGAUCAAGUUAACAGCUCAGCUUCACCUCAGUUCUUGCCUCGGCCGCCACCAGGAAAGCCACCAAUCAGGCCUGGAGUAGAAGCCAGGCUACGCAGAUACAAAGUUCUAGGGAGUAGUAACUCUGACUCAGACCUUUUCUCUCGCCUGGCCCAAAUUCUUCAAAAUGGAUCUCAGAAACCCCGGAGUACUCCUCAAUCCAAGAGCCCAGGACCUCCUCACAAUCCAAAAACACCACCCAAGAGUCCAGUUGUACCUCGCAGAAGUCCCAGUGCCUCUCCUCGAAGCUCAUCCUUGCCUCGAACAUCUAGUUCCUCACCAUCUAGGGCUGGACGACCCCACCAUGACCAGAGGAGUUCGUCCCCACAUCUGGGGAGAAGCAAGUCACCCCCCAGCCACUCAGGAUCAUCGUCCUCCAGGAGGUCCUGUCAACAAGAGCAUUGCAAACCCAGCAAGAAUGGCCCAAAAGGAUCUGGCAGCCUCCACCACCAUUCAGCCAGCUCUAAAACUCCCCCAGGGAAGAGUAAGCCAGCCAGUAAACUCAGCAGAUAAGGAAGGAAGUGGGCUGCAUCUCUGGGAAAGGUGUGAGAUCUUCCUCCUAGACCUGAUGCAUGUGUGUCCCUGUACUGUCUGUUUCAAACAAUCAGUGUUGAUCUUCUCUUACAAAAGAAAGUAACAUGAUCAGUUAUUUGAUAAGAAGACAUAAGUACAUACUAAGGAAUUACCUAGGGCAGGUAGGAAGCGGAUCAGGAGUCAAAUGCUUCAGUCCAGCAAAAUCCAAGGGGAAGAAACUUGUUACAUGAGCUCUUUUUACAGCCACCCUCGAAACAGAAAAUUGAGGAUAGGAAAUAGAAUGGGAUUUUAAGUGAUUUUGCCUAAUUUGUUAGCCCUCUACUCAAAGAGUAUAGCAAAAGUGUUUGAUAUUUUUCUUUACAACUUCCUAACCUUGGAGAGUCAUUUUGCUGACAUCCAAAUAUAUAAGAAGCCUGUUGCCAGGAAACUAGUAUUUGGGUAUAUUUGGUCUGUGUGCUUAUUUAGUGAAUCCACACUUUUCUUUCCAUUCAUUCCUAGUAUCUUUUCCAGGUUUUACACUUUUUAAAAUUAAUGUUCCUUUCCUCUUAUUUUAACAGUUCACCCUAAUAAAGGUUUCAGCAGCACACACUACCACUUUAAAAAAAACCCAUUUGCCCUUAUUUAGUCAAACCUUGCUAUUUUCCUUUGAGCCACAGUUUUUAACUCAUAUUUUUAUCUAAAAAAAAAAAAAGCAAUGUCCAGCUAGAGCUGUUUUGGGCAGGUGUGUUUGGAGAGGGACAGAGAGUGGGACAAUGUCCUUAAAGGUCGGAGCAUCCCCUCAUACCUAACUACAUCUCCUCCUGUAGAAGGAGGCUGACCAGAGGAGACAGCUCCCUUUAUGUCCUCCCUGUGGUUUCUCUAGUGCCAGCCUUCAAAAUGGCACUAGGAAAGCACAACACUUUGGAAUGUGGCUUAUGCUUUUAGAGAUUUAGAAGUAUGUUAUUGAGGCUUAUAAUCUUCAUAUUUUACAUUUUACACAUUUAGUUAUAUACACUUAGCCAAUAAGGAAUGAAUAUCUGGGGAAAUAAAUUUAGGUUAAAUAGUUUUCUUCCAAUGUUUUUAUAAAUUGGUUCUUGUAUUCUAUGCUUGGGCUUCUUAGCCUGAUCUCCACAUAAUUUCAAUUUAAAGUUGUAAGGACGAUCGUAUUUGUUCUAUUCUCACUCUCUUUCUAGCAAAAUCAGGCAAAUUAAAGAGAACCAGAUUUUUUAAGUGGGCUAUUUGAUGCCCUGUGAGUGUUUAGUAUGAUAAAAACCUUAUUGAGGUAUGGGAAAUUGAUCUGCCUGCUGUUGAAAUCUGCCUUCUAACAAACAUAUACUUUCUCUUUGACCUUGUGUUGCUGCCAAACCUAAAACAAUUGAAUUUGAGGUAAGGGUGGAUGGAGAUGGAAGUGUAUUUCUUCACUAAGUGAGCAUGUUCAAUGCUGCAUCCCAGCUGCCCUGAUGCUGCACUGGUUUUCUGUAUUGAGCAUUUUCAAAAUUGGGACACUACACUGAGACAUAAGGUCUCCCUUGAGAAAUGUGGCAUAGUGUGUAAUCUAGUUUCUUUCCAGAUUCAAGCAUUUCAGAGCAGUGCAGCAGAUAAGGCACAUUUACUGUUUGUCUGUUACAACUGGAGACUGACCCUUGUAUAUUAUAUUGUAGAACAGUUGCUGCAAUACUACUUGCAUGUCUUUCAUGGUAAAUUAUAUAAAUAUUAUAAAUAUAGAGACAUAUGCUUAUAUAAUUCCAUUCUUUCUCAUUCUGCAUUUGUAAUUUCAAAAUCCUAGAUGAUGAAAUUCCUUUCCUAUUGUGUGCCUCAUGUACACUUUGGCAUUGCCUAUCUUCAUUGUCUGAAAGUAUGUUCUGGGUAUGUGACACCUAAGAUUCCUCUUGCCUUCCAGGUGCAUAGUGCAACAGUUGGCAGUCCUUAACAAGCCAAGGUAUAAGAUACUUAAUUUUCAUUUAGAAAGUAUUUUAAUAGGUGAAAUUUUAAACAGGUUAUGCUUGUAAUACAGGCUCAAAGAUUACUCCUGUUGACCACAUCAUUCUCAUUCUAUCCAUGUGGUUAGAGUGGACCGAUGGACAUAAUUAUUCUGUCCAUAUGGUUAGAGUGGACCAAUGGCAUUAUAAUUAUUCUGUCCAUGUGGUUAGAGUGGACCGAUGGCAUUAUAACUAUGGAUCUGGCAGCAGUUGAUUUUUAAAACAUUUCCUGAAAGUUGCCUCUUUCAUGUCACUCUUUUGAAUGGGAGUGGGGAUGGGAUGUAGGAGAAUUAAGAAAUUAUCUCUCUUUUGUUACAUUAGCUAAAGGAUGCUAAAAGUAGUCAGCUUUAAUAUUGACCUCUCUAGUCAAAAAUGUGCUAACAGUUACCACUGGGAAAGCUAAUACUGCCCAGACUUUUUUUCUGCUGACAGUCAAAACCCAGGGUGAUGGCAGCAUGACAGAGGAUGUGUUCUGUUUUGGUUUGUUUUCUUCAACCUUCUAAUGUGUUGCUUCCUUUUCUACAUGUCAUUAACAAACUCAUCAAAAUCCAGAGAACAAAUGGCCUCAUUAUGUGAGAAUAUUUUAUUUUGAAUGUAGGGAAAACAGCCAACCAAAGAUGUUUUUGCUCCGAAGAAAAGGAAAUGGACUAAUUAUAUUUUAUGUAUCAGUAGGUCCAUUUAUUAAGUGCUGUUCUGAUAUAGUAAUUAAAAAACUGAACCAGGUGGUGGUGGUGCACGCCUUUAAUCCCAGCAAUUGGGAGGCAGAGGCAGGCAAAUCUCUUGAGUUUGAGACCAGCCUGGUCUACAGAGUGUGUUCCAGGACAGCCGGAGCUACACAGAGAAACCCUUUUUCCACCCCCGCAACAUAUACACACAAAAGAGAUUAAUAAGCAUAGUUUGUGCUUUUAGAUGUUACAGUUCUUUCAGGUUAGAAAUAGAAGUUGGCAACCUUAAGCCACACUUUUGGAUCAAGAGUAUAAUCCAGAGAAUCAAGCUUUUGUUUUGGUUUGACUUUGUCAGUUCAUUAUUUUGAGAAAUUUCAGCCACAGAUCAUCCAAAUAAAUAUAAACAGUUUGGCUAUUUUACUUAAGGUGAGAAAUAUGAGCAAAGCUAUAAUGAAAGUAGUGUGAGGCUGAAGUUAAAUUAUCUUUUGGAAAACAAGUACCUCCUGGCUUCCAUCCGCACAGAUCAUUCACUCACACUUGCCCUGACCUGGGAUUAUUUCAGUGGCGCCAAAAAAAAAAAAAAAUGGAUUUAGUUCCUAAAAAUAGCUUAGUUCCUAAUGUUGCCCCCAAAUUUUACUACUGACUUUUAGGCUUUGUGAAUUGCGUGAAGUAUUAAAAUCAUACCUAGUAAUUUUGUGUAGCCUAAAUGCAUUUGACUUCAAUGGAUAUUGAACAGAGGAGGAAAUUGGAUCAUGUCCAAUUCAACAUUAAGAUCUAGGUUUUAAGUCACCUUCCAAUGAAGCUGUCUGCAGCCAGGCACUUAUCUCCAGCCCUGGUACACAGGUUUUUAGUUGCAUGAUUUGCAAUGAAUGUUUUUGGUAAAAGUUGCCUUACAGGUUAAUCAAGGCCUAAAAAACAAACAAGUAGCAAAAUGGUCAAGGGCCCAUUAUCAUCAUUACCCACUUUACAUUAUUUGCUCUGGCAUACUAAACCACUGUAUGCUGACGUGGUCUUCUACAUGUGCAGUAUGUCUGUCUGUUUCACUCCUGGCCCAUUGUGGGAACUGAGGGGCUUCAGCUGGCACCGGAAAUUUCUUCCCAGCCACAGAUUCCUAGGCUACUGUUUCUAUGAUUGCAUCAAUUGUACAAAGUAUAUAUUGCUGCAUGUUUUAUAAACCUAGACCAGAUAGCUAACUAAGUCACAGUGAGAUUUUCUAUACCCAGUAACCUUGAUGACAAACAGGUGCCUUUCUUCAAGGGCAGAAAAUUUUACAUUUCUACUCUUAACAUUAGGAAUUGGUGACAGGAUCCACAAUUUAGUGGCUUAAGGAAAAAUGCAUCUUGAAAAUGCUAUCUUAAAAUAUAUUUGUAGAUAAUCUAGAUUUAGCCUUGGAGAUCAAAGUUUUUCAUGUUUUAAAAACUUGUUAGCUAGGCAUGGUGGCUUAUGUUUCUAACCCAGUUCUUGAGGGGCUGAGGUGGGAAGAUGGGACUCUAAAGCCAACCUCAACUUUCAUAGGGAUUUCAAGUUCAUCUGGGCUAGAGUGUGAGAACUUGUCUCAAAAACAACAAAAAUACAUUCUAAUUUUUUUUUAAGUUUUUAUAUAUGUAUAUAUAUUGUGCAUUGAGCAUACUCCCGCUCAUUCUUUUGUAUCUGCCACAUCUUAAAUAUUUCUUCUGUCAUGUUCAUGUAAGGAUUAAUUUGUUUGCAUUCCCUUUUAAAAUACGAGCCUAUUUCUUGUGUUGGGCUAUUGUUUCUGGGGAGAGGGUCAUUGAGCACUUCUUCCACUGAAGUAAUAGGUGAGUUAAACUGGAUUGUUUAACUUUCUUGAAUUUGGUUUUAUAGACAAUAUAUUUUCAAUCCAAAUGUGUUAUAGGAUUGCAGCAUGUAAUCUAUGCUACUGUGGUAGUGCUUACAUGCCAAAAUAUACCCAAGUCCAGCAAUCACAUUGGCACAUGUUUAGACCUUUACUUACUAUGGAAGGAAACUUACGCAGUUCCACAGCUUGGACAGUGUGGGAAUUGUGGUGCCUGGUAUUACCAAGUGCUUAUCAGUACACCCCACUUCCCAUCCUCAGCAAACCCUUACAAAGCUCUAGUGUGUAGAAUGUUGAAGUGGAAACUCCUCGUUGUUGAGGAUUUGCCAUACUUUGGCCAUUUCUCCAGAAAUUUAACACAGUUUUGGAGCCUUUAGAAUCUUGUUACCCAACAUUGCUUGCCAGAACUGCAGGAAAAGGACCCCUAAAGUUUCUAGGGAACUCCUAAGGGUGGGACAAGAACCCCUAUUCACUUAGAGGGGAAUCUGGGUAAAAUAUGUAGGCUUUCAGUUAAGGUCUUCUUGUAGAGGAUUUGCAUCAGAAUAUUAGAGACAAGAUUGUCUCAUGGUUUCACACAAUCUCAAGAUGCUAAAUGACAAAGAUUUACUCAGUAAUGACUUCAGGAUUUGCUCUCCCACAUAACAACUAAUAGCUAGGCUGCUCAAGGCAUGUUUGAGGUAAUGGGAUUAUCUUUUAUACUACACUCAAACUGUGGUUUUAAGAAACUGUGUAGCAAAAGUAAAGUGGCAUUCCUUCCAUUGCCCUUACAAUGUAACAAGCUUCUGCCCGCUCUAAGUGGGGGUGAUAGUAUCCACACUGUAGACUAGUGAUGCUGACCUCUCUGGUACCUUCAGCCAGAGUUUCUAGACCAACAUCAGGAUGAAUGGCAGAUCUUUGAGACUAUAGAAUUACAGAAUUUGCUGAUAACAUAGUUUUGCACUAACAGUGGAUAGAUUUAUAUCUCUAUAAUUUAAAAUUGUUUUGUAUUGUACACAUGAUUGUUCAACUAAAGAUAUUAGUAAACCUAGGUCUUAUGUAGACUAUCCUUGCUUUUUUAAAACUCUCAUAAAACAUGAUUUACGUCCUCAAAAAUUCACUUGUAUCACAAGCAAACUUAAGACUCUGCCAGGCGUUUUUGCUCAUCUACAGCAGUAAACAAGGCUACAGAGUUUGGCUAUGAUUUAUUUUAGGGAGUUUGAUGAAAAGAAAGCUUUGAGACUUUAUUCAAAACAGUUCUUUUUGUUUUGUUUUGGUUUUUUAAGACAAGGUUUCUCUGUUUUACCUUGGGUGUCCUGAAGCUAUCUUUGUAGAGCAGGCUGGCAUUGAACUCAGAGAUCUGCCUGCCUCUGCCUAUCAGAGUGCUGGGAUUAAAGGUGUGCAUUACCACCACGCCUGGCUAAAAUAGUUUCAUUGAACUCUUCAUCAGUUAGUGUAAUUAGUUCUCUAAGUUAAAGACUUCAGAAAUUAAAAUACAGGAAAAUAAAGGAAACAUCUUUUAAGACAAAGGAAAUGGAGCACUGGGCCACUCAGGACGUUGAAAUCGGAUUACCUACACUUGGUGGUCUGUGUCUAUCAUCCCAGCAGAGCAAAAACCUUAGAUGAGAUUGAAUUAGAUAGGUCAAGUGCAAAGAAAAGAUCUGAUGAUCCUUGCUUGCGCCACCUUGCUGUUCUGAUUUACAGUUCUCAUUUCCCUUUGACACCUUUCUUAAAAUAGCACCUACUUCAUCAGACAAUUUAUUCACAAAUUCAUGCAAAGGAGGCAUGUCUGAUUUUGUGUUAGAUAUAAAUGUUAAGUUUAUAAGCUAUUAUGGCAAAUGCCAUCAGAUUUAGUCACAACCGGGAUUCUCUUAUUGGAUAAGACAAAUGAGUUAAAUUACUUUAAUCCGCUUUACUAUCCUCAUCUUAGAUGAGAAAUUGCUCUUUGAAGUUCUUUUAAAUGUAUUGUGCUGUAUUCCUUUCCCCUCCACACGUCUUCCCUUUAUGUGUUUUUGCUCAGGCAACCAAGGGCAUAGAGCAUUGAAAGAAAAACAUGGAGUGCUUUUGUAUAGGCCAUCUGUACAUAAAAGUGUAAUUAUUUAUUUAAUUUUCCCAUUUGUACCAUAUUAAAGCUUUGUACAGUGUUUUAAGUUCUGUUUUAAAAUUAUUUUGUAUUUUAUUUUUAUAAUCUAGUAAUAAAACAUUCAGUACGCAUG